AUGGUGCAGUCACGCCCAAUCCGCCUCCUACUCGGCGCGCUUCUGUCUAUCAUUCCCUUGUUCGCAAACUCGACCAGUGCGGCACUCAUCCAGAAGAGUCUCACAUUCACAUGGGAAAAUGGCUCGCCCAACGGCCAGGGUCGCGACAUGAUCCUGACCAACGGCCAGUUCCCGUCGCCACUGCUCGCGUUUGAUGAAGGAGACGAUGUCGAGAUUACCGUCAAGAAUGAGAUGCGCGAGAACACAACCGUCCACUGGCACGGCAUAGACCAGCGAGAGUCGCCGUGGUCGGACGGCGUUCCCGGACUGUCGCAGACUCCCAUCGAACCUGGCGAGACCUACAUCUACCGCUUCAAGGCGUAUCCGCCUGGGCAGCACUGGUAUCACUCGCACUCGAGAGCCACAUUACUCGACGGCUUGUAUGGGCCUCUGCUGGUUCGUCGCAAGAAGGGCACCGCAAAUCCCUUUCACCUGAUUAGCAAGGACCCCGAGGACAUUCGCGCGAUGGAGCGUGCGGCACACCACCCAAAGGUCAUGCUUGUCUCCGAUUGGUCCAACUUCAACUCUUCGCAAGUCCUGGAGGCAACCGCCAAGAGCAAGCUCCAAAUCUUCUGCGUUGACUCAGUGCUGAUCAACGGCAAGGGCAACCUGUACUGCCCAGGCCAGCAGUGGUUCACCGACAUGCAGAUCCCCUUUAUGCAACGCAGCUGGCCCAACGACACGAUUUCCGACAAGGGAUGCUUCCCGUUCGUGCCGAGCACAGAGGGGCCAUGGCUCCCCGAAGGUAAUACAUCGCACAUUCCAUAUGGCAUGCAGGAAGGGUGCAUGGCGUCCACUGGCCAGAAAGAAAUCAUCGAGGUAGAUGCGGAUCAGCAGCGCUGGGUAAGCAUCAACUGGAUCGGUGCGUCGACAUUCAAGACGCUACAGCCGAGCAUUGACGAGCAUGAGAUGUGGAUCUACGAGGUCGACGGGCACUACAUAGAGCCGCGCAAGGCCACGACGAUGCUUCUCUGGGCAGGCGAGCGCUAUUCUGCCAUGGUCAGACUUGACCAGAGGAGAAUGGACUAUGCGAUUCGGGUAAUUGAUGGCGGGUACUCGCAAAUGAUUGGAGAGUUUGCUACGCUUCGCUACGCUGGCGGAGAGACAGACCUCGCCGAGCCUGAUCGCUUCGGCGUGACGACAAUAUCGCGACCUUGGUUUGGGUACAACGCCUGGCCAAUAGGAAAGCCUACAUUCUUGGACAAGAACGAUCUGCCACCCUUCCCACCGACUCCUCCAGCCCGUCUCAGCGACGAAACCCACAUUCUGAUGCUGGGCAAGGCAAACUCGACAUGGGAGUUUACCCUCGGCGGAAAGAAGAAGUAUCCCGAGGACCACUCCGCCUACAAGCCACUUCUCGAGCAUCUUGACUCGGCGGAAGCCAACGACGACGAUCUAAUGAUUCGCACCAAGAACGGAACGUGGCAGGACAUUAUCCUCCAGGUAGGCCACAGCAAGCUCUGGCCUGUCGAGUUCCCGCAUGCCAUACACAAGCACGCCAACAAGUACUGGCGCAUCGGCUCUGGGAUGGGCAUGUUCAAUUACUCAACCGUCAACGAAGCGAUCGAGGCGCAGCCGGAGCUGUUCAACCUAGAGAAUCCGCCAUACCGGGACACCUUCCUCAACGAGUUUACAGGGACCAUGUGGGUGGCUUUGCGAUACCAAGUCACGCAUCCUGGCGCGUGGCUUCUGCACUGCCACUUUGAGACGCACUUGUCCAACGGCAUGGCGAUGGCCAUCUUGGACGGCGUGGACGUCUGGCCAGUCGUGCCGGAAGAGUACGCCAACAACGCAAAGGGCGUCCUUGGCGCGGGGAGCACGAGCCAAAAGGCGGAAAACAGGCCAGCCGCUGCGAGCGAACCUGCCACUGACAAGCAAGAAGCGCUACCCAAGUUCCGACCAGAAACUGCCUGGCCGGACGAACAAGCUGUCAUUACCUACGUUGGCUUUGCAACACUGGCUUUGGCAUUGGCAAUGUUAGGUUGGUGCAAGGGGGUACUUUCUAGUGGUAGGAGCAGCGACAAAAGCAAAUCGUCGAUAUUACAGUUGGAAGAGGUGCAGAAUUUGUUAGGACAGGAGAGAGAGGCGGCAACUGAGCCUCCAAAGCGGAAAAAGGAGUCGAUGAAGGAUAGCUAG